AUGCAAGGCGUCCCUACUCAGUAUAUAAAGGUACUUCGAGAGUUGUACAGUAACUUCACAACCGGAAUUUCGUCAUUCUACAAGAACAUCAUCAUUGACGUGAAGAGGGGGGUCCGACAGAGUGAUACAAUUUCACCCGAAAUAUUCACAGCCACCCUCGAGAACGCAAUGCGAAAGUUGGAAUGGGAAGAGAUGGGAGUGAAGGUUGAUGGUCGGCAGCUACACCAUUUGCGCUUUGCUGAUGACAUCGUACUGAUAACACCUAUCAUCAGCCAAGCGGAACGAAUGCCGACCGAAUUCGACGAAACAUGUGGAUGCAUCGGUCUUCAGCUGAAUCUACAAAAGACGAUGUUCAUGCGGAACGGAUGGGUCUCGGAUGCCCCAUUUACGCUCAACGGAACGGACAUAUACGAAUGCACCAGCUACGUUUAUUUGAGUCGGGAACUGAACAUGAUGAACGACCUGACCCCCGAGCUGGGCAGGAGGAGACCAGCGGCUUGGGGAGCGUACAAGAGUAUCGAGGACGUAGUGAAGAAGACCAGGAACACCCGGCUCCGUGCUCACCUCUUCAACACCACCGUACUUCCUGCUUUGACCUAUGCUUCGGAAACCUGGGCAUUUCGCAAGCAGGAAGAAAACGCGGUGAGCGUUAUUGAACGCACAAUUGAGAGAGUGAUGGUGGGAGUAUCCCGUUUCACGCAAGUGAGGGAAAGGAUUCGAAGUCCUCUCCUACGUCAGCGAUCGAAAAUUAGAGACGCCGUCGCGUUUGCCAAGGAAAGUAAAAUAAGGUGGGCCGGACACGUGAUGCGCUUUAAUGACAACCGUUGGACCAGAGCCGUGAGCGACUGGGUUCCCCGCGAUAUUAAGCGCACUACAGGAAGACCGCCGACCCGAUAG